AUGGUGACUCAUCUGUACCUCGGUGUGAUAGUUCUGGCUGUUUUUGCAACAACCGUUGCAAACGCAGAUAUCAAGUUUGAAUGUGGGAAAAACAGCGUAAGCGUCACAUGGAAGAUCAGUCCGGAGCUGGUGCCGUACGCAGCUCGACUCUUCCUGGGAAACUGCAUGCCAUCCGAGUUACAAGUUCUGCCCACUGGAGCCGGGGAGGCCAAGUUCAACUACCGGUUUGACGACUGCAAGUUUAAAAAAAUGAUGAAAGGGAAACACAUCAUCUAUCAAAAUGAACUGAGCUACAGGCCACAGGCAAAAUCGAAGCCUGCAGUCUUUGUGUUUCCCAUCAAAUGUAUUUAUAAAAGACCUGAGGGCUGGGUUCCCCCUUUCUUGAACCCUGGAUCAGGUGUUUCUGACGGUCACAGUGGGCUGGUCUUCCACAUGGCGCUCCUCAACGAGCAAAUGACGGGCAUAGCAAAGACAAACAUCAUCACUCUGGGCUCAUUCAUGCCAAUAUGGGCAGCAGUGGAGCAGAAGUCCCAUCAGCCACUGCUGCUGCUCAUGGAGGAAUGUGUUGCCGCCACCACGGCAGAGCUGCACUACGGCAGCCAAGUUUACCCCCUCAUCAGCAAUAAGGGGUGUCUUUUGGAGAGCGUCAGAGGAAGCUCCAAGUUCUUGCCUCGGUAUCACUCUUCAGCCAUCAUCCUCCACCUCCAGUCCUUCAAGUUUGGUCUCGGAGAGGAGGUGUACAUCCACUGUAAACUGGUGGCAUGGGACCCUGAAAGACUUGAUGAAACCAAGAAAGCUUGUCAUUUUGUCAAGGAAAAGGCGAGCUGGGAACUCCUCGAUGACCCACCUCAGAGUUCCCUCUGCAGCUGCUGUGAUUCAACCUGCAAGUCUCGGUCCAAGAGAGGAGUUCACUGGGCAUCCGACAGCUUGAGUCACAACUCUGUGGUGGGGCCGCUCAUCAUCGUGGACCGGUCUGACACGAAGGCCAACAGCACCUUAGUGGGGUCUGGCUCUGCAGCUGAUGUUCAGGUGCAAUAA